AUGUUAACUUUCAUCGACCAAGGAAGAGAAGUUCAGCUCUCUGCCAUGGCCAGAAAUUCUGGGGCUGGAUUUGGAUCAAAUCUGAUAUACGGGUCCGGGUUCUUUCAUAUGAGGAUCAAGCUGCCCAACAAGAAAACUGCUGGAGUUGUUACAGCUUUUUAUGGAGCUGAUGUGGAUGACGAGAAAAAAACUGAUAAUGACGAGUCGUUCUGUCCAAAAAAGAAUCCAAUUCCCAAUGAAGCGCCACCGCUGAAAGGGGAAAAAAAGAAAAAGAUAGAGGCUUUUGAAUCGAACGGAGAGAACAUGAAAAUGGAUUUCCAGACGGCUGCACAUGCUAUUAAGUCGAUUAUACCGAAGAUUCACCGUCUGCCCCUUGUUGAAGAUCUAGUUAUUCGAUUGGAAAAUUUUGCCUUAGGAAAUUGGGAUAUGCUUGAACUUAGAGUUGGAGAUGGUGAAGAAGAGGACGGGAUCAAAUUCACGACAUUUGCUGUGGCCGAGGGGAAAAAUGUCGAAGCGUUCCCCAGGCAAGAUGCUGUUGCUGAGUUCCCCAUGCUCUCUAUAGCGGGCAACAUCACAGUGGUGGAGAGCCAUUACAAGUUUAGGUUCCCGGGUUCUUCUCCUUAUCCCUGCCGUCAAAGUGCAAAACGUGUACUUUCCCCCCACCUUAUUGCCAUCGACAAGCCACACAGAAACAGCAGCCGACACGCGGAAAUCGGGUGCCCAUGGCCCCACCACCAAAGAUUCUUCAUCUCUCCUCCUCCUCAGAUCGUAAAUGUGAUGGGGCGUCACGCACAGCGUUUCCUCAAUCACAUGAAAACGGCCGAAGCUCCGCCGCAUGUGAAUCGAGCGGGCCCCAAAAUAGUUGUCCAGCCUCCGCCAGCCCCUAGCAAUAGUGUCGAGAUUGAGACAGAAGAUGGCUCUGUUGCUUUUGCGUGA